UGCGUGACGCCUCUUUAACAAUAACAGCCCUCACCAUUUCCAUAUUAACCAUUUCCUCCCUGCUUCCCCUCUUUCUUCUCGUGCUCUCCUCCACGCGGCAAUUCCGGCCAUUCCAGCCGUCCACGAGGCUCGGCUCUCUUCCCCUCUCCUCCCCUUCUCAUCUGCUUCCCUCACGAUUCUAAAACCCUAAUCCUUCUUGCCCCCUCCUCCUCCGUCUAUACCAAAAUCUAGGGUUUCUACCUCGAUUUUCCACUUUUCCCCAAAUCUAGGGGAUUCUGCCAUCGAUUCGCAUGGCGGAGCGAGGGGAUUGAGGUUCGACGAAGGGUAGCGAGGACUGAAAGGGGGGGAAAAUAUGUACAGGGACCGAGGAGUGAGUGGGUCGAAGCUGGAGGUUGGGACCCUCGACCGGAAGCGGAUCAAUGAUGCCCUAGACAAGAACCUGGAGAAAUCGUCGCCGUCGACUUCCAGGGGUUUGAACGGGAGGGAGAAGGAGAGGCUUUCCGUGCCGUCCACCUCUGCGGGAAAGCAGCCGGACCACCACAGGAACCAGCGCUCUGCCCCUCUUUCCAAUGAAGAAUCUGAAACAGAAAGUGAAGAGUCAGAUGUUAGUGGUUCUGAUGGCGAGGACACAUCUUGGAUAUCAUGGUUCUGUAACCUAAGAGGGAAUGAGUUCUUUUGUGAAGUUGAUGAUGAGUACAUACAAGAUGACUUCAAUCUUUGUGGGCUAAGCAGCCAGGUUCCUUACUAUGACUAUGCUCUCGAUCUGAUUUUGGAUGUGGAAUCCUCUCACGGGGAUAUGUUUACUGAGGAACAAAAUGAGUUGGUUGAAUCAGCAGCAGAGAUGUUAUAUGGUCUGAUUCAUGUAAGAUACAUACUGACCAGUAAAGGAAUGGCUGCAAUGUUAGAAAAAUACAAGAAUUAUGAUUUUGGAAGAUGCCCUAGAGUUUAUUGCUGCGGUCAGCCCUGCCUUCCAGUUGGGCAAUCAGACAUUCCUCGAUCUAGUACUGUGAAGAUCUACUGUCCAAAGUGUGAAGACAUAUACUACCCAAGAUCUAAGUACCAAGGCAAUGUUGAUGGAGCUUACUUUGGCACCACAUUCCCUCAUCUGUUCCUGAUGACGUAUGGACACCUGAAGCCACAAAAGCCAGCACAGCGUUAUGUCCCAAGAGUAUUUGGCUUUAAAAUUCACAAACCGUGAAGUUGGAGGUGGAAUGUUGUAUCAUAAACAGCUCAUAAGCUUCAUCAUUCUACUUUGUAGAGGAGUUACUCUGGCAAGUACAAAGCUGCAAGGUGAUUAGAGUGCAAGAUCGAACUAAUUACCAGUUUUAUAUAUUGAGGAAACAUCUGAAAUGUGCUGACCUAUUCACCAUGCUAUAAUGAAGCUAUUGCUCUAAUCGAUAUUAGCUGCAACUAAAGUGGCUUCUUAAAUUUUCAUGGUUUGAGAAAUAUUUUCAUGCCUUCAUUGUUGUAACCGUCUGUACUGCCCAUAAUUGAUUGGAUGCAUGUUUGCAUACA